GGUGCUAUCGCACAAGAAGGAACAGUGUAAAGCAACCUCAUCUAUUGCCAGCAUAACGUGAUAAAGUUGGACCCCGCCACUUUGGAACACUUCCAUUGACUAGACUUUUCAAAGUCAUCGCCAUUCUUUUUCCUUUCGGUGCCGAGAAAAGAGCAAACAAAUCCGAGAAAGACCGGCGAAAGAGCAUUGCAAUUCUUCUGCCUCUGGCGCUUUGCUGAUUCCUCUUGAGGAAUCCCAGAUCAGAUUCAGAAAGGACUCCACAUCCCGCUGCGAUCAAACCCGGUGAAGAUUUUAAGCUCCUGAAGGAGAAUAAAGAGAAAGAGGGACUCACCAGACGCAGCGACGAUGUCCGCUUGUGCCAACAACGGCAAUUCGUCAUCGGGGGCCGAAUUUGAGGUGUUCUUGAGUUUUAGAGGCCCCGACACCCGCCUCAACUUCACCGAUUGUCUCUAUCACUCCUUGGUUGGAGCUGGGAUUCGCGUUUUCAGAGACGACGAAGAGAUCCGAAAGGGUGAAAAGAUUGGAGGCGAACUUCUGCAUGCCAUUGAAUCCUCCCAAAUAUACGUGCCCAUCUUCUCUAGGAACUACGCAUCCAGUGCGUGGUGUCUUCGCGAGCUCACGCACAUGGUGGAGUGCUCGAGCAAAGGGAAUGACAAAGUGAUUCUACCCAUUUUCUAUGACGUAAGUCCUGACGACGUGAAGCUCAAAAGUCGAUUGUACCUCGACGCUCUGGAGAAGCAUGAGGAGAAGUUCGGACACGAUGAUGUUCGGCAAUGGAAGGAGGCUCUGACAGAGGUCGCAAGAAUCAAGGGAUGGAGCUUGAAGGACAAAGGCCAUGGUGAAAUCAUCAACACUAUUGUUGAUGAGAUUUUGGCCAAGCUGAUGAACAGAAGGAGAAAUUUGCCUGAUAAUUUAGUCGGGAUCCAUGAUCGUGUGGAAGCUAUCAUGAACAUGUUAAACAAAGGUUCUCGUGAUGUUCGCUACCUGGUCAUCCAUGGAAUGGGCGGUAUCGGUAAGACAACUCUCGCAAGUGCUGUCUUUAAUCAAAUCUCCAAACAAUUUCAAGGUUGUAGCUUCCUUUCGGACAUUCGCGAAUCUGCGCUACAUGGUAGAAUUGUUGACUUACAAAAACAGUUGUUAUCAGAAAUUCUCCAAGGCAGAUCUCUAGAGAUCCACAAUUCUAUUGAUGUAGGGAUUAAAAUAAUAAGAGAAAGGUUUCGUGAUAAGAAAGUUCUUCUUGUUCUUGAUGACGUUGAUAAGUGGGACCAACUCUCUAAACUAGCAGGAAAGAGCGAUUGGUUUGGUCCAGGAAGCAAAAUCAUCAUUACAACUAGGGACAUCAACUUUUUGCCAAUCGAAGAGGAGGAUGAAGAGAGUAGUUUCCAAACACAUUCUAAAGAGUUUGAAAUCUAUGAAAUGACAGAAAUGGAUUCUUCCCAUGCUCUUCGGCUUUUUAGUAAACAUGCCUUCAAGAUGGAUUUCCCACCACAUGACUUUGAUGAUAUCUCACGCAAAAUUACUAGCAAAACAGGUGGACUUCCAUUAGCUCUCGAGGUUAUCGGUUCCUCACUUUGCGGCAAAAGCAAAAAGUUUUGGAAAGACACUUUAAAGAAGUUAGAUUUUGUGCCCAAGCAGGAAGUCUUCAAUAAACUAAAAAUCAGUUAUGACAUGUUAGAGCAUCAUCAGAGACAGAUCUUUCUUGAUAUCGCAUGUUUCUUGAUUGGAAGAGAAAGACUCCACCCGUACUAUAUGUGGAAAGCUUCCAACUAUUUUCCAAAAAGUGAACUACUUGUCCUUACUCGUAUGUCUUUAAUAAAGAUAGGAGAAAAUGAUAAACUAUGGAUGCAUGAUCAACUUAGAGAUCUUGGAAGAGAAAUUGUUCAGCGCGAAGACGUCAAUUUUCCAGGGAAGCGUAGCAGGUUGUGGGAUCCCAAGAUUACCGUUGACGUGGUUCGGAUGAAAGAGGGGACAGACAAAGUCGUAGCACUCAGAUUAACAAGACUCUACAAAGAGCACAGUUUCACAAGUGAAGAAUUUUCAAAGUUGCCCAAUCUAAGAUAUUUGGAAUUAGAGGGCGGGAACUUGGUAGGGGACUUUAAGAAUCUUCUCUCCAAGUUAACAUGGCUCUCUUGGAGUGACUGCCCUUUGGAACUAAACGCGACGAAUUUAUGUCUCGAGAAAUUAGUCGUGCUCAAGCUUUCGGGAAUUAACAUUACUGAAGAUUGGACCGGAUGGGGGCCAUGCUUGGUGAGCGAGAACUUGAAAGUUAUAGAAAUCAGUUACUGCCCAAAUUUAAAAAGGACUCCCGACUUCUCAAAAUGCUUGAAUUUGAAGAAUUUGGAUAUUGGAUUGUGUUCAGACUUAUCGGCGGUUCAUCAUUCCAUUGGAGCGAUGACGGGUCUGAAGUAUUUAUCUUUAGAUACUUGUUCUUUGCUUAGCACACUUCCAGACUCCAUCGGAGAUCUCAAAAUGUUGAGGACGAUGAGUCUUUCUAAAACUCCGAUAGAGAAGCUACCGAACCCGAUAGGAGGAUUAGAGUCUUUGCUUGAGCUACAUUUGAUCGACACAAAAAUCAGAAAAUUACCUGCUUCUAUUGAGAAUCUUAAAAAUUUGAGGAAGAUGAGUCUUUAUCGAACUCCGAUAAAGAAGCUACCGAACACAAUAGGAGGAUUAGAGUCUUUGCUUGAGCUAAAUUUGAGCCAAACAAAUAUUAGAAAAUUACCUACUUCUAUUGGGAAUCUUAAAAAGUUGAGGAAGAUGAGUAUUUGUCAUACUCCUAUAAGGAAGCUACCGAAAAUAGAAGGGCUAGAGUCUUUGCGUGAGCUAGAUUUGAGCUACACACGUAUCAGAAAAGUUCCAGCUUGUAUUGGAAAUCUCAAACGGUUGGAGAUUUUAUAUAUAGACCUUAGGGCGACUAGAAAGCUACCAAAGGCCACAGGGACGGCAAACAAUCUUAAAGCUUUAGAUCUUACAUUCUGGGAAGAUCUGGACGGGGAUGGUCCAAGGGAAAUGUCAAUUCUAUUGGUGUCUAGAGAGCGAGAGCUGACAAUGAGCAAGAUUAGGAGUGUGUCCACACUUUUCUUCCCAUCUCCAACAACUUCGUCCGGAUCAAUGUGAUAGAACUUGAACAUUUGCCAUAUCUCCCUGUGAGUUUGAAGGAUUUAAAAUUCUCAUCUUAUUUAUUGUGGACAACCCCUGACCUCUCAUGCCUGAUUAACUUAGUCGAUCUUCAUAUACAGGAUGGCACUCCUCUGUUGUCAGAAUUCAAACAAGGAGCUCCAAAGAUAGAGUGGAUCGAGGGGUUAUAUUAACUAGAGAGAUUGACACUUGUCAAUAAAGAUGUCACAUUUCCUCCGAUUAUUUUGGCUACUCUUUCUCGGCUUCGGACUCUUGAGAUAACUUGUGUCGACCGGCGAUCUCCGGUGGGGCUCCCAUCCAGUCUUGAAGCAUUGACUCUACAUGAUGUGAAGUCAUCCAUGGGAAGGUCGCUCUUUUCCAACUUGACAAAUCUGUCCAGUUUGUGCCUUCUUAACUGUCGGCUGAGGGAAGUCGAAUUUGAUGAUGCGCUCGGACAGCAACUGGAGAAACUCCGUCGUUUGGAAUUGAAGGAUAGUGCAGCGCUUGAGAGGAUCUAAAUUUCGAGAUUAGAGGGGCUCCAAGAGUUCAGCGUGACUGAUUGCCCUGGGCUAAUGGAGGCUCAAGAUCUGGAGAAAUCGAAACCAUUCGAGGCAGUUCCUUAGAAUGGUUGCCUGGUUUAUCAAAUAGAAAGAAGCGGCUGCAGAGAUUGAUAUGGCCACAUUGUCCACUGGACAUGAUGCCCGAUCUACAUAUUCCAGACCCGAGUGAAUUGCUCAUUGGAGGACGCCGGAUUUCAUUUACAUUUUUUGGCACAUUCCAAGAAUGAAAGGUUACUAACAGCAAUAGAGUGGACGAUAUGAACAUCCGACUCUAGAAAGAAAGAAAAUUCUCAUAUCCCUUACAGUCGAUAAAAGUUCCAUCGGUUUUGCUUC